AGGUCAACGUCAACGUGACGAACUUCUUUCACUUGCCCGCAAUCCUAGGAUCCGGAUGUUAACAAUUGCGACGAAUCAUCCUCCUGCAAUGAUAUCAGGAAUCUGCACAUGAGAUGUGACGUUCCAAGCCGCGGAAGAUUACUGUAGAGAAGGAUGGAAUGCUACACCCCUAUACUGCCUCAAGUACCUCUCCCUAUGACCCUGUUUAAUUAGUGAUGAAAAUAGCAGGGCACGAUACGCUAUGCAAGUGAGACAAAGACUAGAUGUGUCAGCGGGCGAAUGCUGAGUCUUUCUCCCGCCGCGGGUUGCAACUGACAGCCGCUUUUAGCAAGCCAAAUUGAAUGCUGUCACAGCUAAUCGAAGUCCGUCGGUACAACCCACCAUCCUGCGAGAGUCAGGUGCUGUUGUAUCAGGUGGUGCAGCAGGCGCGAAAAGGGACCAAGACCGCUGAUCGUCCACCUAAUGCGCCUGCAGCUCGCGUCAGCUCUGAAUUCGCGCCGUCGGCUGGUAUACCUUCAAAGUCCGUACUCUUUUGGGAGUAUCACAUUCCUUGGAACCGAGGCACUUGCAUAUGCAUCCUGAAUUAUGUCGCGUAGAUCAACGGGCCGGG